AAAGGCCCUAAGCUCCGUGUAGAAACCAGCAACACUCACAGAGAGAAAUGUCAGGAGCGCAAGGGGCACAGCCAAAAGGGUCUGUAACAGCGACCACAUACGAGUCUGUGGAAGGAGGAGAGAAUAAGACCAAGACCGACUUACAUUCAAAGGAAGACGUGGGUGGGAUCAAGAUCGAGAAGCAACAAGACAAGGUCCGGGAUGCCGCUGGCAAAGGUGGGCCCGUUUUCGGUGCUGGCAAGGAGGACAACAAGCAAGACCUUGGUGUCACUGGCACCGGUUAGGAAUCACACUCUCACGCGCUCGUUUUCGCGUGAAUGAUGUUGUUUGGGCUCAUCUUAAGAUGCGCAUCUAUGCAUACGGUUGUGUAUCAUUCUCUAACAUAGUAUUCUGUUUGUUUGUUUUAA